AUGAGGUUGUUACACAUGGAAGGCCAAGUGAUCGAUCAUUCAAUUCAAAUCGAUUCGAACCAGGCUCUCCGGGCUAUAUCCCUCUGCUUCCUCUGUCGAGACUGGGAUCGAGGGUCCUAUUUACUUGAGACGAUAUCUCAAAAUGUGCCGGGGUACUUGGAUCUUGAUGAGAUGCGUGACCACAGUACAGAUUGGAUGCUUGCCACAUGGGUUGGAGCGAUCUAUGAGCACAAUGGACAGUACGACACAGCGUUCGAAUGGUAUCUCUGGGCAAACGAAGUUAUGGAGACCCAGCGUGAGGGAACCUCGGAUGAUGAAGCGAGACGGGGAAGCCAAUCCUCCAUUCAUGGAGGCGAACUUUUCGCCGGCCUCAUUAGGGUUUGUCUGAGGUACGCAAGUCUCUCGACGACGAAUCCCCAACCGAAAGCUCCCAUAGACUGGGGUCUUCCGGCGCCAAAUUGGACAGGACAGGCAUUGGUCUUCCUUGAGCGGACUUUCGCCAGGACGCUGCUUGAGUUUCUCAUCGGGCGGUCGAAAACAGAUCCCGAAAUCAUCGAAGCCUGGGCGGCUUCUACGUACAUUAACCGGCAAAUUACAGAUUUGACCUUGUUGUUGCCCAACAAGAGCGAGGAUGAAGGCAAAAAAAGUAGAGUGGAGAUAGAACUGGAUCGACUGAGGGCCGAGUCUGAGAAACGACCCAUGCCAGAUGCCCAGAUAUCCCAAGUCACAAGAUCGCUACUCUCUGCAACCCGUUUCCAGAUUGAUCCAGAGUCAAUUUGUCGCGUAAUCCCCGAGGACGCGGUCGUUGUUGAAAUGAACCUUUCCCGAGGCGGGCUGAUCCUAUUUUGCUUGACCACCGCCGGGGUUGUGUCCAUACACCAGAGCGAGAGGACGAUAUUGGAUCUGCGACGACAAGUCCUCCGGUACGUCAAGAGGCUGGAAAAUGACCAAUGCUCACGAGAUGAGCUGUCCAGCCUGAUCAUGGGCAUAUCGCGGGAAAUUAUCCACCCGUUCGAAGAGGUGAUCUGGCAGAAGGAUCAUGUUAUAUUCGUGCCCACGCAAGAAUUCAAUUUCUUCCCUUUUUCAGCUUUGACUUUCAAUGACAAGCCCCUCUUCUUGGAGAAGGCUGUUUCCCAAGUGCCUAGCCUUGCGACACUCGAGCAGAUUGUCAAAAGGCCCCAUCCCGGCAUGUUACCGGAGCUCUCGACCAUUGUUAAUACACACGAACCCGAUGCUUCCGGCCCCAAGCACGCUGGCGAGCCUGUUCCAAUGGUUGGUGUUGGAGCUGCGGUCGUUUCUCACAUCUUUUCAGUCCCACCGACUGACGCGAGGUACCUUGAAGAAGCCGGAUUCAAGAAUAUUUUUGAAAACUCCGAGAUAGUCUACAUAGGCACACACGGUGCCAAGCACGAGUUAUCCCCCUGGCAGUCUUGCAUCAAUCUAAAGGACGAAUUCCGUGUCAUGGAGGUAGCGAAGUUUUCUAGCAAAGCAUCCCUGAUCAUAUUCGGAGCAUGCAUGUCGGGCCUUGGCCGCGUUACUGUUGGUAACGACGUUCUCGGCUUUUCUCAUGCAGUCCUGCAAUCUGGUGCCGGCGCAUACAUGGGUGCACUAUGGAACGUCGAUGUAUCAAUUACCAUGAUGCUUAUUGUAGUAUUUUCCCGGAAGGUCGCCCAGCGAACGCAGCGCACGACCCUGGCAAAGUGCUGGCAGGAGGCUCAGAAGACGUUAUACAAUUUGACUACCGAUGCUGCAGUUUCGAUGCUACAGGGCAUCCUGGACGAGUGGGAGACUGCCAAACAGAAGUGGCACUUGGAGCAUUUGGCCAAGGGAGGGAUUAGGCUGCUCAAGCGCCUAAUGGAGGACCUUGAGACCGUUGACUUUAAACACCCCUACUACUGGGCACCAUUUACUUUAGUAGGGCAUGCUGGUCGGUCCCUUGACCCAACCAUAAGUACCCUUUGCCGCGCCAUGACGGAACAGUUGCAGGGAGACAGCAUACGAUUAAAUAGUUUGCACGAGGCGUCCUUGUCUCCAAUUGCGGGUAUCAAGUAA